GAAAUAAAAAUCUUUAAAGCGAGACCAGUAACACAACCAUUAAGACUUGGACAAGGGAGAAAGAGUCUUCCUUUAUGAGUACAGACGGAAGGAGAAACCAUUAACACAACCAUUAAGACUUGGACAAGGGAGAAAGAGUCCUCCGUUUUGCUGUUGGAAUCUCUGUUAGAUUUCCUCUUCAAAUUUAUGAAUUUCCGAGGCCCUCUUUCUCUCCUCCACUUGCUGGGGUCAUUUUCAGAGCUGCGAUCUCUGUUUUCUCGGGAACUUUUGGUUUCUAAAAUGAGAUGUGAUUUUCCAUGGCUCUGGUCUUCCUCAGGUGCUUAGGCAUUUGAAAUUGAAUCGAAAUAGGUUUCAAAGCAUUCCUCAAUCAGGAUUCGGGGGAGAUUUCUGCAACCUUUCCGUCAACAUUAGUCAGUGCCAGCGCUUCAUUGGAAAAUGAGAAUUUUAGCUUCAUAGCCUAACCGUGUCUCAAGAUGAUGGUAGUAGAUGUAUUGUCUUCUGCCACUUCUGGUCCUACUUCGGAAGUCAUUUCUCAACUUGUAGAUUCUAUUCUUGAGCUUGUAUACUAUGCUAGUGAUGUCCUUGUGAAGAAGGAUAGUUUUAAGGAACUUGCAGCGUACUUGGAAAGAAUUGUACCCAUCCUAAAAGAAUUGAGGAAUAAAAAAGUCAGUGAUAUUGAGACAUUUAACCACACCAUUGACAUUUUGAAUCGUGAAAUUAGAGAGGCAAAUAAACUGACUCAAGAAUGCAGCAAGAGGAACAAGGUAUAUCUCUUAUUGAACUGCAGGUCUAUUGUAAAGCGUUUAAAGAACAGUACAAGUGAGAUCGGCCGUGCUCUUGCAUUUAUUCCGCUUGCUACCCAAGAUCUUUCUUCUGGAAUAAUUGAAGAAAUCGAAAAUCUCUGUGACAACAUGCAGAAAGCUGAGUUUAAGGCAGCCAUAGCGGAAGAGGAGAUUUUGGAGAAAAUCGAAUCAGGGAUACAUGAAAAGAAUAUUGACCGAUCUUAUGCCAAUAACUUGUUGAUUCUCAUUGCACAAGCUGUUGGCAUAACAAAUGAGAAGUCAACCAUGAAGAAGGAACUGGAAGAAUUCAAGAGUGAAGUUGAAAAUGCCCGUCUAAGAAAGGACCUGGCUGAAGCUAUACAAAUGGAUCAGAUCAUCGCUUUGCUUGAAAGGGCUGAUGCAGCCUCAUCACCAAGGGAAAAAGAAUUGAAAUACUUUGCCAAACGCAAAUCUCUAGGAAGUCAACCUUUAGAUCCUCUUCAAUCAUUUUAUUGCCCUAUAACUCGAGAUGUUAUGGUGGACCCUGUUGAAACUUCUUCAGGGCAGACAUUUGAGAGAAGUGCCAUAGUAAAGUGGUUUGCAGAAGGAAAUAAUAUGUGUCCUCUGACAAUGACUCCUUUAGAUACAUCAGUUUUACGACCUAAUAAAACCCUGAAACAAUCAAUAGAAGAAUGGAAGGAUCGAAAUACCAUGAUUAAGAUUGCUUCAAUGAAAGAAAAAAUUGAGUCAGGAGAUGAUGAAGAAGUACUGCAUUGCCUGGGAUCUCUGAAGGAUUUGUGUGAAGAAAAAGAUCAGCACAGAGAAUGGAUGAUAUUGGAGAAUUACAUACCAGUUCUUAUCCAGGUUCUUGGUUCCAAGAACCGUGAUGUAAGGAAUGAAGCUCUUGUCAUCCUUUGCAUGUUGGCUAAGGAUAGUGAUGAUGCCAAGGAAAGACUUGAAAAUGUUGAUAAUGCAAUUGAAUCGAUUGUCCGUUUUCUUGGACGUCGUGUGGCAGAAAGGAAGUUGGCAGCAGCAUUAUUAUUGGAGUUAUCCAAGAAUGAUAGGUUACGAGAACACAUUGGAAAAGUCCAAGGUUGCAUACUACUAUUAGUGACUAUAUCUAGCAGUGAUGACAGCCAAGCUGCCAGGGAUGCUGCAGAACUACUGGAGAAACUUUCAUACUCUGAUCAGAAUGUCUUGCAGAUGGCAAAGGCAAAUUAUUUCAGGCAUCUGUUGCAGCGCCUUUCCUCAGGACCAGAUGAUGUAAAAUUGCUUAUGGCAACAACUCUAGCAGAAAUGGAGUUAACCGAUCACAAUAAAGAGUCUUUAUUUUCAGGUGGUGUGCUGGAUCCUCUGCUUCACUUGGUCUCGCACGGUGAUCCUCAUGUGAAAACCAUGGCUGUUAGAGCUCUUCGGAACCUAUCCAGUUUAAAGAAAAAUGGACUGGAAAUGAUUCGACAGGGAGCCGUGCGCCCAUUAUUUGGGCUUCUUUUCCAUCGAAGCUUACCACCAUCAAGUUUGUGGGAACAUGUAGCUGCCAUAAUCAUGCAACUUGCUGAAUCAACCAUUGCUCAAGAUAGCCAGGCGCCAGUUUUGUUAUUUGAAUCUGAUGACGAUGUUUUUAACCUCUUCGCCUUAAUUAGAUUCUCAGGGCCUGAGGUGAAGCGAAAGAUUAUCCAGACCUUUUAUGCCUUGUGUCAAUCCACAUCAGCUCCAUACAUCAAGACCAAGCUGAUAGAGUGCUCUGCUGUUCAAGAACUGGUUCCAUUUUGUGAGAAUGAAAACCUUGAUCUACGAGCAAGUGCUGUGAAGUUGUUGUCAUGCUUGAUUGCAAGCUGCGAUGAGGCAAGCAUUCUGGAGAAUGUAAACCAGAGGAGUUGUGAGAAUUUAGUGCGGAUCCUUAGAUCUUCUUCAGAUGAAGAAGAACUUGCUUCUGUUAUGGCCAUAAUAUGCCUUCUUCCAGAAAUUCCUCAGAUCUCUCAAUGGCUUCUAGAUGACGGUGUACUGCCCAUCAUUUAUAAGUAUAUCCAAGAAGGGAAAGAUAGGGAUCUCCAAAAGAAUAACUUAGUAGAGAAUUCUGUGGGUGCCCUAUGUCGUUUCACAGUUCCAGCAAACUUGGAGUGGCAAAAAAGUGCAGCGGAAACUGGGAUUAUACCUAUUUUAAUACAGUUGCUCGAAUGUGGAACCAGAUUGGCGAAACAGCGUGCGGCGUUGUCUCUUAGCCAAUUUUCAAAGAGUUCUGUUAGGCUGAGCAAGCCAGUUUCCAAGCACAAGGGACUCUGGUGCUUCUCAGCUCCUGCAGGAAUGAGCUGCUUGGUUCAUGGAGGAAUCUGUUCUGUCAAGUCAUCAUUUUGCCUUGUAGAAGCUGAUGCUGUGGGACCUCUGACAAGGACUCUGUGGGAUUCUGAUCCCAGAGUUUGUGAGGCUUCUUUGGAUGCACUCCUGACUUUGAUUGAAGGUGAGAGACUGCAGAGUGGUAGUAAAGUGCUUGAAACAGCAAAUGCCAUACCAGCAAUUAUAAAGUUUCUCGGUUCCUCAUCUGCUGAAUUGCAGGAAAAAUCUCUCAAUGCUUUGGAGAGGAUUUUUCGGUUAAUUGAGUACAAACAGAAGUAUGGAGCCUCAGCUCAAAUGCCUCUAGUUGACUUAACUCAGCGUGGUAAUAGUAGUAUGAGAUCAAUGGCGGCUAGAAUAUUGGCACAUUUAAAUGUGCUUCAUGACCAGUCUUCUUAUUUCUGAAGAGAAGUGCUGGUUCAAAUUCAUGUACGGAAGAGCUAACAAGGAUCAUAAAAAAUCUCCCAUAAAAUCAAUGGCUGUGAAACUAAAUGCUUGAGCAGGAAGUGGCCAUAUGUUAAACAGGGAACAUUGCCGGUUCUGCAGCUUGGUUUCACCUGAAAAGAGAAUCCAACUUUCUGAUGUUCUUGAAUCUGGUGACCAGGUUUCCAAGGUCAGAAACUUUGUAUACGGGAUGAGGCUAUAGCUUACAAAGAAUCCAUAGAUCUUGUACCGAACAUGGCUGACCAUCAGUUUGGGUAGUUUGAGGUGUGGAAAAGAACCAUUGGGCAUGUAGGGAAUUAUUUGGUUGCAUUGCCUUAUUUGUUGGCUGUAAGAAGGGAAAAAUCCUUAUUUCUGGUAUAGUUGUAUUUUUUAUAUAUUUUAAGACACGCUGUGAUUCUUCUCGUAUAGCAAGAGCAACAAGAUGUGACAAUCAGCACAAGAUUCAUCUUCCCUUGUGAUGCCCACCAUGACUUAUCAAUGUUAGCUAUCUGUGAAUAUGAGGAAGAAUUGUUUCAGAA